CUGUCCAUGCUUCGGGAAUGGGAAUUUUUGUGGAAGAGGAGUGAGUUGUGUGUUAUUGUUUAUGUAUUUAUUUACUUUCGAAAGCACAGUUCACAACGAUGUUUAAGAAUGCUGUGAUGAUAGUCUGAAACGGGAGCAUGAAAUUUAAAGGCUGUUAACGUUAUAACUGUGGUACACUGAUCUUCCAAUUUAAUUUGAAAACCGCAAAUGAUGGGGCCUCAUGUGAACACUAGCAUUAUUCUAAGCCAUUCGUCGCAAGCGGAUUGUUAUCCACUGUAGUAUGUAAUACUUCGAAUACAUCAGGAAUUUUACUUGAGCAAGAUAUUGCUUUAAAGGGUUAAGAAAAGUUGCAGGAUCAAACACUGACAUCACGAUACUGGGUUAUCGUUGAAUGGACGGUGUACACAAAAGCAGUUUUAGGACCUCAUGUUGGCUGGCAGAAUUUUUAGAUAUUCCCAGCUGGACUGCAGGGGUAUCAUACCUAGAGAGGAAUGGAGACCGAGUCGGUAAAAUCUGCCCUAAGUGAACAGAGUUCCAGAUCUCGAAGAUCACGUAGUCACACCCACAGAAAUAAUUAUCGGCUUCAUUCUAACAGAAGCACUAGAAGUACAAGAAGUCACAGGAAGGGGGACGAUCCAAUGGCACCUUUCCAAACUUCAGUAACUUUAAGUGAUGAGAAUAGAGAUGGUCAGGAGGUGAUUGAGGUCCAGAUUCUCCCUCAGGAUGACAACUGGGGUGAGAACACCACUGCAGUAACAGGCAAUACUUCAGAACAGUCAGAGGUUGAAGAUCUUGGGGGCGGUCAAUGGACUGGAGAGCCAGACACAGGACUCAGCUUCAUAUGUCACCGUUAUUUGGGUUCAGCAUUGACCACAGUACUCUCUGUAGUAGCUUUUCUUAGUCCACUUGCCAUGGUAGUCUUGCCAAAAUUGGGUUUUUUCCCAGCUUUGAACCCAGGACCAACAGUAGGUUUACAGCAGCGCCUCCUGCUCCUGGCUUGCGGUGCAGAGUGCAAAGGUCUCCUUGUAUCACUUGCCUUUAAACUUGUCCUGCUGGCAGCUGGAGCAUGGGCCGUAUUCCUGCGACGCCCUCGAGCCACAAUGCCCCGAAUCUUCCUUUUCCGUGCUGCUGUCUUGGUGCUUGUUCUAGUGUGUACCUUUGCUUAUUGGCUCUUCUAUGUGGUACAAGUGACAGAAGGAGCAGUAGCGUCGGCAACUGGAGAGGAGGCAGUCGACUAUAAAAGCCUAGUGGCCUAUUCUUCUAGUCUCACAGAUACAUUGCUCUUCAUUCACUACUUGGCUGUGGUCCUCAUAGAGAUAAGGCAUCUGCAGCCUGUGUACUAUAUCAAGGUGGUACGAAGCCCAGAUGGUGAAAGCCGUGCUUACUCAGUUGGUCAGUUGAGUAUCCAAAGGGCAGCAGUAUGGGUGUUAGAGCAUUAUUAUACAGAAUUUCCAAUUUACAAUCCAUAUCUUGAACGGCUGCCUGUUUCCAAAUCUCGGAAAGGAGGCUCCAGUUUCAAGUUUUAUGAUGUGGAUGGCAUGAAUACCUCUUCACUGCAGCAGAGCCAGUCACGUGCCAUGUUGGCUGCCCAUGCCCGUCGUAGGGAUUCUAGCCACAAUGAACGUUUCUACGAAGAACAUGACUAUGAACGUAGAGUGAAGAAACGCAGAGCACGCCUUAUUACCGCUGCAGAAGAGGCUUUCACCCAUAUUAAACGUCUCCAUAAUGACCAAGGUUGGCAAAAUAUGCAAGUGCCUGCAAUACCAAUGGAUCCUCAGGAGGCUGCUCAAGCUGUGUUUCCUUCAAUGGCUCGAGCUCUUCAGAAGUACUUGAGAGUCACACGACAACAGCCUCGUCACUCUGUUGAAUCAAUCCUCACACAUUUAGCAGAUUGCCUCAGUCAUGAUCUGACACCUCGAGCCUUUCUUGAGCCUUUUCUUGUACCCUCACCUGUGCUUCAGAAUGAAAAGGAGCAAAAACCUGUGCAGACUUGGGCUCUUAUUUGUGAAGAGUUGCUAUCACGUCCUGUUAGUCAUGGGAUCACGUUCCAGUUACGUCAGAAUGAUGUGUCACUCCUGUGCCAUGUUCGUGCUUUGCCUCACUUCAAUGUUACAGAAGAAGUAGUUGACCCCAAGUCAAACAAAUUUGUUCUCCGCCUCAAUUCAGAAACUUCUGUCUGACCCAGGUGUGAACAGACUUUAAGUUAUUAUUAGUUCUCAGAAAGAAUGCUCAUACACACACACACCCACACUAGUAUAUCAUAGUAGACUGUAACAUAAAUUAUUGAUAUUUGCAUUUAAUAUAAUUCAAGAAUGGUUUUUGCUGUGCAAAAACUUGUGUGUCAUUACCAUAUAAAGUAUCAUUAUUAAAAACUGUAUUUGUAACAGCCCGAAUUAAUGUGCAAUCAGUAUAAUAUUUAAUUUAGAUAAUCAGCAUAACAGGCAAUGCUGGUAAUUUAAGAGAGAAUAUGGUGAUUUAGGUGAACAAAAGCUGGUAUUUAUUAGCAUAAGAACAUAUUUUUUUUAAUGUAGUAAAGUAAAUAUUGAAUUGUUUAGACACCAGUGGAAAUAAAUAGGAAUACAGGAUGAACUUCCCCAAAAAUGAUAAAUUAGGAGCAUAAGUGUUCCAUUUUGAAUUUGGUGAUAUUUAUAAAGACUUGCAUAAUACUUACUUUAGAUAUCAGAUUUGAAUAGAUCGUUUGUUCCAUAGUUAUCUUUGUCCCUUGUGUUAUUCAGAUAGCCUUCUGGUUUACCAGUGCUGUCAUUUGGGUCUUAUUCACAUCGCUGUUGUAUUUUUGUUCAUGUGGCAAAAUGGAAGUUACUCUUCAGUAUAUUAUCCAAAACACAUUUGUUUCAAUAUUCAAAAAAUAAGAUACCCAUUCCAUCUAUUGGUAACAACUUAAAAUAUAAAGGUUAACUUAUUUGAAAUGUAAGCCACGAGCUUACCUCAAUAUUAACCAGAAGGGAUGGCAUCUUACUAAGCAGGCUGACUUAUGUGAUAGCACUUCUGGCUUUUAUUCAAGAAAUUGCAAGUUCAAAUUUCAAGUGGAACACUGUCUACCUUAACUACACUUUUCAUGGUUUUCCUCAGUGCUUCCAAGCAAAUGCUGGGAUAGUACCUAAAAUUAGGUCAUGGCUAUUCUAUGUCAUUUCCAAUUCAUUAUUCACCAGUUCUGUCAUUCAGUGCUAUUUGAAGGAAACUGAGCAGUUAAUUUUAAUUUUUCAUUUAAUAGUCUGGUUAAAUUCAGCUUUAUGGUCUCUGAAUCUCAUUGCCAUUUCUGGAGACAAGAGAACCAAAUUAGGCUAAUAUAAUUUAUGUUGAUAAUAACAGUUUUCUUUCACUCAGUCUAAACUUCUAAUGUACACAUCUUAGAAGUUACUUACCGCAAUU